AUGGCGUCUCCCGAAGAACUGCUCGAUAGCCUUCACUACCUCUAUCCGGCACUGGCAUUCACCUAUUUCGCCGUUGCUUCUGCCAUUGCUGUAUGCACUCUUCAGACCCUCCGGGCCGCCAAUAGCCCAGGCAAAGAGUUCAUCCCUCGCUUAUGGAUCCUCAACCUACUCGUCGCCUUCGUCCUGACCUAUGUCGCCCAGAUUGCCGUCAUCGCUAUACAAUCCAUCCUGCUUAAAGAAUGGAUUGGCCAGGAACAUGAAGUUAUCGGCUUACUGUCCUGCGUGCUUGUCUUUGGUACUCAACUGGCUUUCCUCACUGACACGGAACAUCCAGUAUGGACACCGUACUGGGGCUCGUGGCUCAUCUCUUUGGCCUUUGAGCCUUUAAUUGGCGUGCCGGAUCUCAUCCUCAAACGGUCCAGCACUUUUGAACACUGCCGCGUCGCUCAUCUCGUUUUCGCUGGUCUCCGCUACUACCUCCUCCUCACCAUUGUUUCUGUCUACGUUGUCCAGCGUAUCCGAGCUAGCCAGGAGGAGGCCACGGAUGAAGAACGGCAGUCUCUUCUCGGUCAGGACGACCCAAAAUCGCGACUUAGCAGUUCAGGAAAUGGAAGCCAGAGCUCUGGUUCCGGGUAUGGAACCACAAGCGAUCCGCCAGAGUCCUACUGGGCCGAACGCCAGCGAAAGGCACAGGAGGAGAUGGAAAAGCGCCUUCAGGAAGAGGGCAACUGGCUCACAUAUAUUAAGGGCUUCGCCAUUUUGUUUCCCUACAUCUGGCCUGUAGGACAGAAACCCCUGCAGCUACGUCUUGUUCUCGUCGGCCUUUGCCUGCUCGCCGGCAAUGCUCUCAACCUAUUGAUCCCGCGUCAAUUUGGCAUCAUUGUCGAUCAGCUCAAGGAUCGGAAUUUCAGCAGUGCCUGGAUCGGCGUUGCUGUUUACGGCCUCCUGAGAAUCGCUGCCUCAGAUGCCGGUAUAGAGUUUCUGCGACAGUGGCUCUACCUCCCUCUCGAGGUCUAUGCAGACGGUGCUCUGAGCACCGCCGUUUACCGACACAUCUUGAAUCUCUCGGCUGACUUUCACGACUCAAAGAGCACAUCCGAUAUCAGCCUGGCCAUGUAUGGCGGGUCGAGUGUUUCCGACCUCUUGGAAUCUAUCUGCUUCCAAGCCCUCCCCAUGCUGAUCGACCUCGUCGUUGCCGUUGUGUAUCUCUCGGUUAUUCUGGGGCCUUACGAAGGUCUCAUCACCCUGGCGACAAGCACGCUUUUCUUAUUCAUCGCUACGAAGAUGAUUGCGGUGAUGAAGGAACGCCGACGAGCCCAUCUGAACGCCCAGUACGCCGAGCACUAUGUACGCCAGACUGGAAUCACAGGUUGGCACACGGUUGCAUCCUUCAAUCAGACGACAUACGAAGAUGACCGCUACUCCAAGGCAAUUCAUACUCGCAUCGACUGGACCAAGCGUGUACGUCUUGGAUGGUUCACUGCGCAAGCAUUCCAAUCUCUGGUUCUUCUGUGCGGUCUUCUGGCCGGCGCGAUACUGGCUGUGUACAGGAUCAAGAACAGCAAGGCCACUCCCGGUGACUUGACAAUGCUCUUGAUGUAUUGGGCACAACUCACUUCUCCCCUGAGGUUUAUGGCAAGCCUGGGGAAGAAGAUUGGAAGCGACUUGAUCGACGCCGAGCGGUUGCUGGACAUUAUGAAGAAGGAGCCAACUAUCGUGAACAAGAAGGGAGCCCGGCCCCUGAAGCUCGUUGGCGGCAAUGUCGAUUUCAAUGACGUGAGCUUCACGUACGAUUCCAAGAAGAAGAUCAUCAACGGAAUUUCUCUUUCUGUUCCCGGGGGCCAGACUGUGGCUUUUGUUGGCGCUACUGGUGCUGGCAAAUCCACCAUGUUGAAGCUGCUCAACCGUUUCUACGAUGCCAGCGAAGGAUCCAUCCUGAUCGAUGGACAGGAUGUUCGCGACGUUGACUUGCACAGCCUCCGUGACCGCAUUGGACUGGUACCGCAGAAUCCUGUACUCUUUGACGACACGAUCAUUAGCAACAUUCGAUAUGCAAGGAUCACCGCCUCUGACGACGAGGUAUUUGAAGCAUGCAAAGCCGCUUCCAUCCAUGAUAAGAUCAUGACUUUCACCGAUGGGUAUAAUACGCGCGUUGGUGAGAGAGGAAUCAAACUUUCCGGCGGCGAACUUCAGCGUGUUGCUAUUGCACGGGCAAUUCUCAAGCAGCCUGAGAUCGUCCUUUUGGACGAAGCAACAAGUUCAGUGGACACCGAUACAGAGCAGAAGAUCCAGCAGUCAUUCAUGCAGCUCUGCAAGGGACGGACCACCUUCAUUGUCGCCCAUCGACUUUCAACCAUCAUGAACGCCGAUCGUAUUGUUGUCAUCGAGGAUGGUGAAGUUGUCGAGCAGGGCAAUCACGUUGACCUCGUCAACGCCAAGGGAAGAUAUGCCGACCUGUGGUCCAAACAAACUUUCCUGAAGCCCCAGGACGAUGAUGUAGCCACCAGCAAGAAAUCGACUGUAAGCAGCAUUGAGAACCCAAAGCCCAACGGCACUUCAGGCAGCACAGAUGCUGUCGCGUCGGAGAGCUCCGAGGAUUCCGCGACAACACCGACUCAGGCCAGUAGGGGAAACGAGGGCGUCCAGACUCCUGGUCAUCACAAGAAAGAGGGAUCUCGAUUGAACCCCGUGGCACCCGAAUUUACGCCUAAGUCAGUACCCAUUGCCAACGUCUCUUUUUCAUCUCCCAGUCGCCAAGCUGUGCCCAAAUCCGGGGAGCCACACGUCUCGCCCAUUCGCCAGCCUCCCAAGCGGGUCGUGAAUUGGGCGAGCGCUACUUCUUCGGAUGACGGUUCCUCCCCACGGUCUACAGGUGACAUUGUGACUAUUCAAGCCGGCAGCUGUGCUCGACCGAGUUCUCUGUCUAGUCGGAUCCCCUUCAUGGAUGAUUCCUCUGAAGGGAAAUCAUUCAACGGCUUGGCGAUGCCACGUGAUCGACACGAUACCAAGGUGCAAGAUUCAGACAACGACUCUGUGGACACUGUCAUCAAGCUCGAGCUCUCUCAGUUUCGGACUCCCCAUGCUACUGCCCGUCGCUUCAACGCCAUGAGCGACUCGAAAGGACAGCCUGGUGAUGACACGGAUGCGAUGGACCAAAGUGGCAAUGACAGUGACGUAUCCAUUCCUGUAAGUUCUUCGCGGUCCGUUAAAGCCGACUGCAAAACUGAGUAUCUGCAGGAGGUACGCCACGUGUCUGCACCGGUCCUGAAGCUGAAGGCUGUCACUCUGGGACAGGAGAAUCGUGCUUCUCCAAUGACCAUCACUGUACCCAAGGAUUUGAUCAGCAAUGGAUUGCCGAGCCCGAAACCUACUGGCACGCCUGCUUCUCAACCCAAGGAAAACUUAUCUGCGGGACCUCAUGCCCCAACUGCGACCAAUUCGAUCACCUCAUCAUCCCCCCUCAAGGAGGUGACCCAAUCGAACUUACCAGCACGCUCGCUUGCUCCCCCCGAGACAUCUGGUGCAACUGGCUCUUAG